CUUGUGUUUCCGCAUUGUGAGCAGGAGGUGGCUAGUGUUUAGACAAACGUAUUAGCGCACAUUACGUACAUGUUCUGUUCGGCAAUUACGAAGAAUACCAGAUCGACGCGUGGUGGCUUAGGAGGGCAAUCAUGGACUGCAAGGGAACUAGUUGGGUGAAAAAAGAGAAGAAUGAAAUAUGUGCUGAACCAGAAUCCUUGUUUCUUGAAGGUCCGCUAAAGAUUGGAAUGCCUAGUCUCCAUAUAAAGCAAGACUUAGAACUGAAACAGGAGGAUGGCAUUGAGCGUGAUUGUCAUGAAGAUAACUUGGUAAUCUCUCAUCCAAAUGAUUUUAUCAAGGAGGAUCCUGAACUAAAUUUGGAGGUGGCAGCCUCAAUAAGAAAAGCAUCUGAUAGUUCAAGUUUCAUUCAAAGUGCUGGUGACAGCUGUGACAUUUCAUAUCAAGAAACAUUGCAUCAAGGAGUAGUCAACGAUAAGCUGGAGAUAUAUGCAGAGAAGUUAACAGAUUUCAGUGUGUCUCACAACUAUACCAAAAUACAGACUUCACAAGAAGACGGCUUAUGUGGUACAAGAUUAAGUUGUAGCAUCAUGGAAAAGGAAUUCCAUAAGUUUAACUGUAGUUUCUGCCUACAGAGCUUCCCUUCAAAAUACCGACUCAUAAUGCAUAUUUUCAUCCACAUUGACGGUGUGCAGGCACCUGCAUUUGUGUGUAAGUCAUGUGGUGAGGUAUUUCCCACUGAUGACUGCUUGAAAGAACAUUUGAGAAUGAGGGAGCGUGACCAAGCAUUGUCUGCUACCAACAGUGAGAAACUUGAAUGCAGUGAUCAUGAAAACAAUAUGUCCUUCGAGUGUGUACAAGAAGGAAUUGUGGAACAGACUGAGGAGCACCCUUCGUGCAAGGUACCCUGGAAAACUUUUAAAAAAUCUUUUAAAGACAAAGGUAAUACACAUACUGUGAAAGGAGCUGAAGAGAAACUUGAAAGAUGUAAUGACUGUGGAAUUUUAUGUAAAAGUGACCAUGUUCAUGUCCACACUGUGCUAAGUGCAAAGAGACAUUACAAAUGUGAUGUUUGUGGUAAAAUGUUUACUCAGUUAUGCAAUCUUAAGAAACACUGUUUAAUACACACUGGAGAGAGACCCCACGAAUGCGAUGUUUGUGGAAAAUCGUUUACUGAAAGGGGCAAUCUCAAGAAACAUCGCUUAAUACACACUGGACAGAGACCACACAAAUGCGGUGUCUGUGGAAAAUCAUUUACUCACUCGAGCAGUCUCAAGACCCAUAUUUUUACACACACAGGAAAGAGACCACACAAAUGCGAUGUGUGUGCAAAAUCGUUUAUUGAAAGGGGCAGUCUCAAGAAACAUAAAUUAAUACACACUGGACAGAGACCACACAAAUGCGAUGUCUGUGGAAAAUCAUUUACUCAGUCGGGCAAUCUCAAGAAACACGAAUUGUUACACACUGGACAGAGACCACACAAUUGCGAUGUCUGUGGAAAAUCAUUUACUCAGUUGGGCAGUCUCAAGACCCACAUUUUAAUACACACAGGAAAGAGACCACACAAAUGCGUUGUGUGUGCAAAAUCGUUUACUGAAAGGGGCAGUCUCAAGAAACAUGAAUUAAUACACACUGGAGAGAGACCACACAAAUGCGAUGUCUGUGGAAAAUCAUUUACUCUGUCGGGCAAUCUCAAGAGACAUGAAAUAAUACACACUGGACAGAGACCACACAAAUGCGAUGUCUGUGCAAAAUCAUUUACUCACUCGGGCAGUCUUGAGAUCCACAAAUUAAGACACACAGGAGAGAGACCUCACAAAUGUGAUACUUGUGGUAAAUUAUUUAAUGUAUUGAGUUAUCUCAAGGCCCACAAGUUAAUACACAGUGGAAAGAGACCUUACAAAUGUAGUAUUUGUGGAAAAUCUUUUACUCAUCGGAGCAGUCACAGGAAACACAAAUUAAUACACACUACAUAGAGUCCACUCAAAGUAUUGUUGAGGUCUGUAGACCUACACAUGUAACUAGAAGACCACACGUGUUUUAUGAAAAUUGCUGACAUGUGCCACAGAGAGGUCACAAAAAAUGACAAAUCCAUUUCCGCAGCUUCACAUUCGAAGAAGUUAGAUACUAAAUACAACAUACGAAGCGCACAAUUGUGUUUUUUUUGUUGCAAAUGGUCCAUGCUUUACUGAUCGGGCUACCCGAAAUUUGUGCAUU